AUAAGGACAAUUUUGUGUUUUAACCUCAGGUCGUUUUGGACUGCAGAUGUUAGUUAGGAAAACCUGAUGCGUGACUUAAACCUAGCACAAUGACAAUGGAACCUGACAGAGCAUUUUUGUCAUGAAACACUUAUGUUUCUUGAUUUAAACAGUGCUCAAUUUAAUGUUACCCGGAAAUGAAAUCUGAGUGAAAUUGAAGGCCUUAUAUAUGCUUUCUAAGAUAGAAUAUCAUUCAGAUCGACAACCGAGAAGUUUCUGCUAAUGAAUUUGCAUAUGAGUUCUUCCUAAAGGCUCGUUAGCGUCGACGCAGGGAAAAGGUUUCUUCUUGAAGAAGAUAUAAAAGUGAAAACCAACUUUAUUGCGGUUUGUUUCUAGGAGAAGCAGAAAGUUACUGAUAACUGAGUACUGCAGGUUUCGAUAAGUCACGAUGUUCUCUCUGUACGUGACCUGUUUUCAAUUGUGGUUAUCUUGUGCGGCAUGCAAGGAAGUUCGUGUUGCAGUGUUGGUGCCAAUAACAGGAACAUUUAAAGUGGGAGAUAGUAUAAGGCCAGCAAUAAAAGCCGCUUUUGAUGAUGUCAACAACGAUCCGAAUUUUCUUGUUGGUGUCAAUUUGACGUACACGGUUCAUAACAGCGCAUGUGACUCGGUAAAAGCGGUAGGGUUAACCGCUGACCUUAUGCGAUCAUCAACAUCCGUAGAUGCGUACAUAGGCCCGGGAUGUUCGGUAGCUUGCCUUUCAGCGGGGCUCCUUGCACGACAUUGGAAUAAACCUAUCAUAUCGUUUUCGUGUUCAUCGUUGGAGCUUGAGGACAGGAACAAAUAUGCUACUUUUGCAAGAACGCAGCCAUUUAGCCGCACAUAUUCAGAAAGUACACCUUUAGUUCUAUUCCAGAUCAUGCGCAGGUUUAAAUGGCAGAGGUCGGCAAUUCUUGCCAAAGAUGACGGCCCCACGAGUAUCUGGGCGCCGAUUGCGAACAACGUUUACAAUCAUUUCAAAAGUAACAACUUGACAGUUUCGUAUUAUAAUGUCUAUAAGGUUAGGGAUGAUCCAGAAAAGCAAUAUAGAGACACCAAGAAGCUACUUGCGGAAACAAAGAAAUACGCUAGGGUUUUAUUCAUUCUCGCCACGAGAACCGAAGUUGCGCGUCUGUUAUUGAUCGCUAAGGAGCUGGGAAUGCUGAAGGGAGAUUUCGCCUUUAUAACUUUGGAUUUCUACAUAUCAGAAUCUCUCAGAACAUCUUUGGCUAAGAGAACGUGGUCGCUGAGUUGGGAGAAGAUGCUUGGGAUAUUUGAAGGGCUCAUAACUUUGUCCGUCAAAAAACCUGGUGGCGAAGAACUUAAAAAUAUCACAAAAUGGUUAAACAAAGGCCUUCAGGACAUGGCUGUGUUUCAAAAUCUCACUGCAACCUUUUUGGCCGCUAAGACUGCUCCUUACCUUUACGACGCCGUGUUACUCUAUUCAUAUGCCCUUAAUCGUACUCUUAGCCAAGGAGGUAAUAUAUCCAAUGGCACAACGGUGUUCAAGAACAUGGUCACUAAAACUCCUCUGUUUACAGGAAUGUCUGGACCUGUAAAGAUUGAUGAGAAAGGAAAUCGUGUGCCACAUUUUGUCUUUGAAAAUAUACACGAAAGCAGUGGAUCAGUGCUGCUAGAGCUGGAUUCAAACGGAGCUGUCGUAAUGCAUUCCAACGUACUUGCCGUGUGGCCUGGGGGAUCAACCAAGAUUCCUGAAGACGAACCAGAGUGUCUAUUUGAUGACUCGUGUAAAGAUUCUGAUGAGCAAAUGGAGGACUGGUUAAUAGUGGUUAUCGUUUUUUCCUCCUUUACCGCUAUUCUGGUUCCUAUUUCUUACUUUCUUUACAGGCGUAGGAUGUACGAGAAAGACCUUUUAAAUGACGCAUGGAUCAUAGAUUUCAGCCAGAUCACUCUAGGUACCGUGGAUAACAAGUUCGCCAGUAAGUGGACCUUCGAUGUGGAUGACAACAUUCAAGACAAACACCUGAGAUUGUCAAGGACUCUCGACAAUAGCAUUGGCUCCAAGUUUACCGUUAUAAAAAGUCUGAAUUCUCAUCAAUCUGUACAAACUGAAUGGGUGGGUGAAGGAAAACUUUUCCAUUCAAAUGUGGGUCGAUACAAGGGAGAAUUGGUGGCCAUUAAAAGAUUACAUAAGGACUCCAUACAUCGGACACGCGACAUUUUGAUAGAGAUGAAACAAGUACGUGAUAUUGUCCACACAAAUAUCAAUCCUUAUAUCGGGGUGUGCAUCACAUCCCCAAAUGUCAGCAUUAUUUCCCACUACUGCUACCGUGGCAGCUUAGAGGAAAUUUUAGCCAACCACGAUAUAAAACUCGACUGGUUCUUCCGAGCGUCUUUUGCACAGGACAUUGCCAUGGGUUUAUCGGUUCUUCACGCCUCCCCUGUACACGUACAUGGUCAUCUAAGGUCAUCCAAAUGCUUGAUUGACAGUCGUUGGGUUUGUAAAGUAUCUGACUAUGGGCUUAGUGUAUUAAAGGUUGGCCAAAGAGUACCUGAUAUCAGCGAACAUGCUAAGUACAGAAAAUUGUUCUGGACUGCUCCGGAAUACCUUUGUGAAGAUGCUAUUCCUCGUUGUUCGCAAGCGGGUGACGCAUACAGUUAUGGGAUCAUCCUCAGUGAACUUCUCAAUAGAGAGGAACCAUAUUCUUCACUUUGCAUGGAUCCCAAAGAUGUCAUCGAACAAGUGAGGAAACGUCUCAUUCCUCCUAUCCGACCUGAUUUACCGAGUGAAAUUGGAAACAACAAAGGCAUAAUCCACUUGAUGCAAACAUGCUGGGAUAACGACCCUUUAAUGAGGCCAGCAUUUUCCGAAAUAAAGUCAAAGUUAAAGUCUCUCACUCGCGGAAAGAAUGCUAACAUUGUAGAUAAUAUGAUACGUAUGAUGGAGAACUACACAGACCAAUUGGAAAAUCUCGUAGACGAAAGAACAAUGCAAUUAGCGGAAGAAAAAGCUAAAACGGACGAGCUUCUUUACAAAAUGCUUCCUAAACCGAUUGCAGAGGAUCUUAAGCUGGGAAGAUCAGUUACAGCAGAAAGCUUUUCCUCGGUGACAAUUUACUUCAGUGAUAUUGUUGGCUUCACGUCUAUGGCUGCUCAGUGCACACCACUACAGGUAGUACAUUUUCUGAACGACCUCUAUACCUGCUUCGAUAAUGUUAUUGACUCUCAUGAUGUUUAUAAGGUCGAGACAAUUGGUGAUGCUUACAUGGUAGUAUCAGGUUUGCCGAUCAGAAACGGAAAUAAACAUGCUGGUGAGAUCGCCACUAUGGCGUUAAACCUCCUCAGCUCAACCAGAGACUUUACUACACAACACAUGCCAAAUAAAGGGCUUCAGUUACGGAUUGGGAUUCAUACAGGUCCGUGUGUAGCUGGAGUCGUAGGACUCAAGAUGCCUCGUUACUGUUUGUUUGGAGACACUGUGAACUACGCUUCAAGAAUGGAGUCUAGUGGACUUGCCCUAAGAAUCCACUUGAGCCCAGAAUGUAAAACAGCCUUAGAUCAACUUGGAGUCUUUCACCUUGAACAAAGAGGACCUGUCUCCAUUAAGGGAAAAGGAACGAUAAUAACCUAUUUUUUGAAUGGAAAGGAUGGUUUUACGAAACUUCUCCCAGACCUCUGUGAAGCGGCUCCCUUGACCGAACACGAAUUCAAGUAACCAUUGGUAGAAAUUUGGGUCAAAAUAC